AUGGAUAAACGCAAGGAACCACCAACAUCAGAGGGCGUGCUCAUCAAGCGUCAGAAGCCAGACGACAACACACCAUCCAAUGCCGUCACCAUCCAAACAAAGGGUUCCAGCGGCGCCCUUAUCCAAACGGUCAAGAGGACGUCGGCGUUGAAGGCUCCCAUUAUGUUGUUGCAGGGCCAGUCAGCAGAACUUUAUACUUGCAAGUUCAGUCCUUCAGGAGAGCAUAUCGCAUCAGCUGGCGCUGAGAAGAGCAUCUAUCUUUGGAACACAUAUGGAGACUGCACCAACUUUGGAAUCAUCAAAGGACAUACUGGAGCUAUUCUGGAGUUGCAUUGGUCAAGAGACGGAAGCAUGAUCUUUACAGCAAGCACAGACAAGUCUUGUGGCGUUUUUGAUGUUCAGACAGGAGAGAGAAUCAAGCGGUUCAAGGGUCACACAUCCUUCGUUAACAGCUGCUCGCCAGCCAGACGUGGACCAGAAUUGCUUGCCAGUGGAUCAGACGAUGGCUCUGUCAAGAUCUGGGAUCUGCGUGCAAAAAAUGCGGUGGAGAGCUUUGAUUCACAGUAUCAGAUUACAUCAGUCUCGUUCUCGGAUGCAGGCGAUCUGGUGUUUGCAGGAGGUAUCGACAACAACAUUGCAGCCUGGGAUAUGCGCAAGAAGAGUGUAGCGUACUCGCUGACAGGGCACAUGGACACUAUCUCGGGUCUCAGUUUAUCACCCGACGGAAACCAGCUGCUGUCGAAUGCAAUGGACAACACAGUCAGGAUGUGGGAUGUCAAGCCGUUUUCGGCGACUGGAAACCGGAUGCUCAAAGUGUUUGAGGGAGCACCUCAUGGAUUUGAAAAGAACUUGAUCCGCCCUGCCUGGUCCAAGGAUGGUGCCAUGGUUGGAGUUGGAGCAGGUGACCGGACGAUGGUCAUCUGGGACACCUUGACGCGCAAGAUUUUGUACAAGUUGCCUGGACACAAGGGAUGUGUCAACGAGGUCGACUUUCACCCCAAGGAGCCUAUCGUGGUAUCCUGCAGCACAGACAAGACAAUGUUCCUUGGCGAAAUCAACCCUAGCAAGUGA